ACUGCAAGCACACGCUCUGAGUUGUUAGUAAAAGAACGGGUUUCUCUUUUCAGUCUUACUCUUUCUUUUCUCUGGACUGGAGCUGUUUGUCAAAGUUUUGCCUGAGACGUCGAUGUACUGAAUAUUUAUAAUGAAACAUCAAGGCUGAGUCACAUCCUCGCCUCAGGACACUGUUGGAGCCCUGAAGUCUAUAUCAAGCUCUCUGCUCUUCAGCGAGUCUCAGUGAAGACUGAUCAUGGCUGCUUAUGCACUCGUGACAGAGAACUUUAAGUUUGUGUCGCUCUUCUUUAAGAGUAAAGAUGUGAUGAUCUUUAAUGGUCUGAUUGCUCUGGGCACUGUGGCCAGUCAGACUGCCUACAAUGUGUUUGCCUUUCACUGUCCAUGUUCCUCUGGGAGGAACUACCGCUAUGGCCUGGCUGCCAUCGGUGUGCCAGCCCUGGCACUUUUCCUCGUAGGAAUAAUGUUGAACAAGAGCACCUGGGAUGUGGUGUCUGAAUGUCGGCUCAGAAAGUGCCGGAAGUUGUCCGGAGCUGCAGGCUUUGCAAUGAUGGGAACCAUCUUCGGUCAGGCUUUGGUGGCUCCUCUAACCUGGGUGGUGAUCUCUCUGCUGCAGGGCCAGGCGUACACCUGCGCCUUCAGUGAGUUUGUCAACGCCACCACAGUGGAGGGUUUCCCCUCAUUCAAAGGAGCAGAGGUCAUGGCAAAGUUACCUUGUCAAGGAAGUGUUCCAGAGAAAUUUCAAUUCUUCUGGGCUGAAAUUGAGCGACGACUGAAAUAUGAAUCUCAGCUCUUAGGCUGGCUGCUGGUGGCAGUGAUGUCAGCCUCAGUGUUCCUGAUGCUGUGUAUGAAGCGCUGCUCUUCUCCUCUGGGAUACCAGCAGGAGGACUACUGGUCCCAGUAUCGAUCUGAAGAAAAGAGCCUCUUCCAGCGCACGGCAGCUGUGCAUGCGCGCCUCCUGGCUGCAGAGAACAUUAAGAACUUCUUCGGCUUCGUGGCUUUAGAUCAAUCGGAGAAGGACGAGCUGGCUGAGCACCAGAGUGCCAGUCCUAUCUGCAGCACGAACUGGAACAGAGUCACUGGAGUUUAUCUGUACAGAGAGAAGAAUGGACUGCCUCUGUACAGCAGGCUCAACAAGUGGGCCACGUACAGCCUGGAGAAUAAUGUGGAGGCCAUGGACAAAGAGAUGGAGAUGUACAGCUGACUAUGAGUUUGAUCUGGACUCUGGUUCAUGCACAGAGGACAGAAGCUGCUGAAAUAUGUAAUAGAUAAAUGAGUUUGAAAUGCUGUUAAAUGUACCAAGGAUCGUGUCACCAUCUUUUAUAGUCUUUUUAUUAAAUUAGGACAUAUUUAUUUAAGUAUUUGUCUUAAAGCUCAUGUGAGGAGUUGGAAGCUGGUUAUUGAACAGACUGACAUUAACACUGAUGCCUGUUUAUGAUCUACCAAAGCAAACAAGACCAUCAGACAGAAGACGGAUUACUUCUGAUAAGUUAUUUUUCAUACCUGUCUAUGCUGCCACCAGGUAUACCUGUCAGACUAGGGGAUUAAUAUCACCCUGCAAAAAAAAAAACCUUUUCUUCACUUUUUCACAUCAAAGAUUCUUGAUGAGUGAAAUGUUCUACUGUUAUCAGAAAGCAGGAGGAAAUGCAUGUACAGGACAGGGUAAGCAAAGAAGUAGCGCUUUGUCCAGAGGGGGAGCUAAAACUUACACGAGCCAAAAGUUCCUUACUGGAGCUUUAAUUUGAUUCUCUUUGUUAUUUCAUUUUAUUAGUUUAUUGUUUACGUUCUUAAUUGACAUCCCGAAAUACUUCUCAAAUUAUGUUUUUAUUUACCCUGUUUAAAUUUUUACAUUUAUAUUCUUGAAUGUAUCUUUUCAUCCCUAGAUGUGUUAUUUAUCUCAUUUUGGGAGAUUUUUUUUUUACUUUAUUAGUGAGGACAGCUGAAGAGACACAAAAUUUGGAGGUAGGAAGGCCAUGGAGGGGAGUGUCAUUCAAAGUGUAUCACCCGGCCAUUUUUACCUUUGAUGAUAUUUGUAUGUGCUGUGGGCUAACAACAAUCCACAACAACACCCAUAUAAAAUAACAAAAACACCUUAAAACAUUUAACAAAAGGGACUUAAUAUAAAAUGACAUAAAAGUUUGAAACAUUUCAACAAAGAUCAAAUAGGGCAGCAGUCAACACUCAAAAUACCUCUCUCCUAAUACAGUCUAUGCUCCUAAUACAGGCAGUAGUGGGCUUUUAAAGAGACACACAGAACAAACAAGCUGCAUCAAUAUGCAAAAAUAUAUGAAAAUAUGUUUCAGAGUAGGGAUCUAAAAAGACAGCAUUCAAAUAUCUGAAUACACAAAAAAAGACAAAAAUAAAUUCAAAACUUCCAGAAUAAUUACAAAAAAAUGAAUAACAAAUAAAUAAAUACUGGAUUUGAAAAAAAUGGAUUCAUCAAAAGUGAUUUAAAAAGGUGAAUAAUAAAGGGGACAUAGAAAAGGUAGUUUUCCAAACUAAUUUAAGUUAAUGAGGCAGAAAAUCAGACCUUCCUCUUCAGGUCAAUAACUGUGACUCCCACAGUGUGAGAGGAAGGUGUUUGAAAUGUUAAAAAGGUAAAGGUUAAUACGUAAAAAAAAUGAUAUUAUAAUCUAUGUUUUAGUUGAUGCCUACAUGUUUAUUGAAAAUAAAAGUACAUUUAUAAUAGUGUUUUAUUCACUUUGUUGUUUUUGUUUUAUUUUGACAGCUUUUGUCCUCCAAACAGAGACCGUGAUCAUAAAGGCAAGAUGGGAUCGUUGUUUUUGAGUGAUGUUGUGUUUCAGUGCUGGAUCGAGCAGAUACAGAACAUUGAUUGUCUAAUAUUUCAUGCUGUUGUAUAGGAGGGACACUCCUCAAUUAAAACAACUCAGAACUGAAA